AUGUCGUUAUUAUCAACAACUUACCUCCUUCUCGGACUCGCUGCUCACGUGACAUGCACCUCAUUCUGCAGCUAUCAACCAUCCACGAACGCAACCGUUGAAAAUUUCCCAAAGGCGUCGCCUGGUUAUCCUUACGACCCCAAUAUCCUUUCCGAAGUCCCUGUUGCAUCAGUAUGCAGCUCCGCCAACGCGACUGAUGAGCUCUCCUGUGCCAGAAGAUACAUUGACAUUAUUGAUGAACAACUCGCCUUUCUCUACGCUCGACGUCUAGGCUACGCCGCCGUGGCUGGGUUCGCGAAGUAUGACGAGGGUGUCGAACUGAAUGAUCCAGGGAGGAAUGAGGCUGUUGCUGAGGGCAUGGCGCAGAGGGUUCUCAAGUAUGGGGGCAGCGAGGAGGCAGGGAGAGUUAUGGGUGGCGAAGGAUGCCAGAUUUAUGUGAGCUUGGAGUUUGAAGUGUCUGAGAUCCGAGGGACUUGUGAUUCUGAAUUUCCAGAGGAUAUCAAAAGAGACUGUAAUUAA